GCUCUGCCCGGAGGAGCCCUUUCCGUUGGGCGCUGCUGUGCCUCGGGCUGUGGCGGUGGCAGGUCUCCGGAAUGGCCACUCCGGACCAGGUGAAACCCCGCAUCGUCAUGGAGCAAUUGCUCUGGGUCAGCGGUGGUGCAAUCGGGGAGGUGGACACGUUCAGGAUCCCUCUCAUCACCGCGACGCCUUACGGCACCCUGUUGGCCUUUUCGGAAGCCAGGAAGACUUCUUCUUCUGACAGUGGAGCUAAAUUCAUAGCCUUUCGCAGAUCGACAGACAAAGGUGCCAACUGGAGUCCAACUUCGUUCAUAGUUGAUGAUGGUUCCCUCAAAGAUGGUCUCAACCUUGGAGCUGUGGUGGUAGAUUGGGAAAAGGACGUGGUGUUCUUGAUAUAUACUCUCUGUGCACACUACUACGGAUGCUCCACCGCCAGUGUCAUGAUAAUCCGCAGCUUGGAUGACGGGAUCACAUGGAGUCGUCCCCGGAACCUCUCUGAGGAAGUUGGCACAACCAUGUUUGCGCCCGGACCAGGCUAUGGCAUCCAGAAACGCUACGAGCCCAAGAAGGGACGCUUGAUCGUUUGUGGUCAUGGGACUUUAAAGCUGGACGGGAUCUCCUGCCUCCUCAGUGAUGACCACGGCAUGACCUGGCUUUACGGGAGACAGCCCUUGCAUGGCAUCCCUUACGGACUGCAGAAGAAUUACAGUGACUUUAAUCCUGAUGAAUGCCAGCCCUAUGAGCUACCAGAUGGCUCCGUGGUGGUGAACGCCAGGAAUGAGAAUUUCUACCACUGCAGAUGCCGCAUCGUGGUACGCAGUUACGAUGGCUGUGAGACCCUUCCGCUGGAGAACGUGAGAUUUGACGAGCAUUUAGUGGAUCCUGCAGUGGCUGCAGGGGCUCUUGUCAAAUCUGGUCUGGUUUUCUUCACGAAUCCAGCCCAUCGUCAGUUGCGGGUCAACCUGACUCUGCGCUGGAGUUUCACCAACGGGUCUUCUUGGUGGAAAGAGCCCUUGCUGAUCUGGAGAGGCUCCAGCGGCUAUUCCUCCAUGACAGCCCUGGAGGGAAAUUCUCUGGGGGCCGAUCACUGUCUCUUUAUCAUUUACGAGAAGGGCGAGGUCGAAUAUACAGAAAGCAUCUCCGUGGCCAAGAUUAGCCUCAACGGGCAGCUCUGAUCAUCCUUCCUGGGCUUUUUAAAACAUUUUCAAAGUUUGUCAUUGCAGGGAAAGGAAAAUCUGUGCUGAGACUGGGGAGAAACCAAAUGAACUGCUGUUGGGG